AUGCCCAACGUAGGUGGUCCAGCCCAGUGCAAACGCAGCCUGCUAAUGAGCGUGGUCCACAGCCGCCUGCUGUACGGCGCCGCUGUCUGGGCAGACAAGGUGCAGCACGUGGCGAAGUACAGGAACAUGAUGCUUCAGAGCCAGAGGUGCGCUGCCCCCAGAGUGGCGAGAUGUUACAGGACGGUCUCGGACAUGGCUGCACUUGUUCUUGCAAAGAUGCCGCCAGUUACACUGCAGGCAGUUGUGCGCAAGCGCGCCACUGCUCUGAGGUAUGAAGGUGCGGUCUUGACAGCGCAGCAGAAAGAGGAUGACACGAUUGGUCAAUGGAAGGCGAUGUGGGAUGCCUCCACCAAAGCUGCGUGGACGAAGUCACUCAUCCCGGAUUUGAGAAGAUGGUGGAGUCAAGGAUAG